UUGGUUGGGUUCGCUCCCUGCCUCUACCCGGGCUCAGUAACACAACUCCCACAACAAUUUCUGUCGCUUUUUUUACGCAUUGUAUGGAGCCUCCAUCAUCUCUCUAACUCAUUUACGGAACCGGAACCGGGGGGAUGGCAACCGGAUUCGGUCCGGUAUAAGGGGUGGGAAUGAAUCGGCACAAGGAUAAAUGGUUAUAAACAAUUAUUUAUAUUCAAUGCUAGCUUGUGAUUGUGACUGACUCGCCGAGAGAGGGAGAGAGAGGUGGGGGGGGUAUAUCAUGGCCGCUCAGGUCGCCAGCGCCGCCACUCUUAACACUAGCCCGCCUUCCGAACUCAAAAAGCCGGAUCGAGACCCCAAGGAGGAGUCGGUACCGGGGGAGAAGCAGUCAGACAAAAAGCAGCCGGGCUUGGACAGCGGAUCGCCGGGCCGGGGGGAUCUGCAGGACGGGGCCGACGGUGGAAAUGCAGGGGGAGGAGGGGAACCUGAGAUGAAGAACGGGAAUGGGAACCCGCCCAGGGCUAACAAUAAUAACCAGAAUGACUCUGUCGGACCGGAGGGAAAUAAUCAUCCCGGUUUGGUGCAUCACCACAGCACCGCUUUUCCUCCACCUUCGUACGGAUACAGUCAGCACUACGGUCGGGCCCCUUUUCAUCAACAUGGCGGACAACAAAGCCCUGGCAUGGCAGCUGCUGCGGGUCCGGUCGUGCAGUCGAGCAACAUGAUGGACCCGUAUCAACCUAAUUCACACGAUCAUGGCUUUUCAAACCACCAGUUUAACAAUUACAACCCAUUCCCGAACAGGACUCCCUAUCCCGGCCAAGCGUACGCCAUGAACUCCCCUCGCAGUACCCAGGCGCCGACAGCUGGGGGGCAGCCAGCUAAGCAGCAGCCACCAGCGGGAGGACCCACAGCGAUGUCUGGAUCUUACAGUAACCAGAGAUAUAACAUUGGAAACCCUCAGCCUACAUCCACACCGACACUCAACAAGCUCCUAACCUCCCCCAGCUCAACGCGGGGAUAUCCAAACUACCCGUCUAGCGACUACAGUAGCCAAGAAGGAGCUAGUAAGGGACCAGCAGACAUGGGCAGUAGCGGUCAGUAUGGAGGGAGCAAUCCGGGUUGGCAACAAAGAAGCCAUCACCCGUCGCCUAUGAGCCCGGGAAAUGCCGGGCAGCCGCUAGUUAGAAACCAGCCACCUGGUCCCAUGGACCCAAUGGGGAAAAUGAGAGGUCAACUAUACGGAGCAGGCAGUCCAUAUGGUCAGCAAACGCAGCAGGGGCCUCCCACAGGUCCACAACAGGGGCCCGGUUAUCCUGGCCAGGGUUAUGGUCCUCCAGGUCCCCAGCGAUACCCAGUAGGAAUGCAAGGACGUACCCCUGGAGGCAUGGGUGGCAUGCCAUAUAGCCCACAGAUGGGAUCUUAUGGACAACAGGGACCAGGAGGCUAUGGCUCUCAGGGCCAGGCACCGUAUUAUGGCCAGCCUGGCCAGGCUCCUCAUCCAAGCCAGCAGCAAACUCCCUACUCCCAGCCCCCACCAGGACAACUGGGUGGCCAGACACCUUACCCAGGGCAACCCCACCCUGCGCCAACUUCUGCUCCUCACACGCAGGGAGGACCAGCCUAUCAGCAGCCCCACAUGCCCCCACAGCCCCAGGGGCCACUGCCAGGCCCAUCCCAAGGGCCCCCACAGUCUCAGCCACCUUAUUCUCAAGCCUCAACCCCACAGUCUGGCCAGUCUCCCUACGCCCAACAGCAGGGUCCUCCCAGUCAGGCCCAGCAGCAGCCAAGUUCCCAGGCUCCCCCUGGAUCACAGGGCCAGUCUAGCUACCCAGGAUCCACACAGGGGCCUCAGCAGCCUCCCUCGCAGCAACAGCAGGCACAGUCUCAGCCUCCACAGCAGCCACCGGGACACAUCCAACACCCACAGGGCCAGCCUGCAGCAUACCCGCAGACCCCUCAGCAGCAGCAGCAGCAGCAGCAGCAGCAAGCACAACAGUCACCUUAUCAGCGCUUUCCUCCUCCACAACAACAACAGGAGGUAUCCCAGGACUCAUUUCAGUCCAACGCCCCUCCAUCCACUCAGCCUAAAUCUGGCCCAGAGGACAGUCAAGGCCGUCCCUCCAGCCUUCCGGAUCUGUCAGGUUCCAUCGAUGACCUGCCUACAGGUACAGAAGGUGCCCUGAGUCCCGGCGUGAGCACGUCAGGUGUGUCGAGCAGCCAGGGUGAGCAGAGUAACCCCGCUCAGUCGCCCUUCUCUCCUCACACGUCUCCCCACCUGCCAGGAAUCCGAGGGCCUUCACCUUCCCCAGCUGGCUCCCCUGCCAGUGCCAGCACACCCCGCACAGGACCGCUGUCACCCGCCAACAUGCCAGGGACCCAGAUGCCUCCCAGGCCGUCAAGUGUGCAGUCAGAUGGGAGCCUACACCCUGCAAUGAGCCAGUCUCCUAUGGCCCAGGACAGAGGGUUUAUGCAGAGAAACCCUCAGAUGCCCCCUUACGGCUCCCCCCAGUCAGCCUCUGCACUGUCUCCGCGCCAGUCCUCAGGGGGACAGAUGCAUCCUGGGAUGGGCCCAUAUCAGCAGAACAACUCCAUGGGUGGCUAUGGGCAGCAAGGAGGACAGUAUGGCCCACAAGGUUAUCCCCGUCAGCCUGGCUAUGGCAACAUGCCCAAUGCCAACUACCCUGGGCCAGGUAUGGGCCCGAUGAACCCUAUGGCAGGACAGGGUGGGGGACCACCGUAUGCUGGCAUGCCUCCAGGAAGGAUGCCUCCUAACCAAAUGGGGGCACGUCCCUAUGGCCCCAGUAUGGGUCCCAAUAUGGGUCCCAACAUGGGUCCCAACAUGGGUCCCAACAUGGGUCCCAACAUGGGCCCCAACAUGGGCCCCAACAUGGGCCCCAACAUGGGCCCCAACAUGGGUCCAAACAUGCCUCCCAACAUGGGCAACAUGCCACCCCAGGUCGGCUCAGGAAUGUGUCCUCCACCAGGCAUGAACAGAAAGCCGCAGGACCCCACAGCCAUGCAGCACCCUGCCACCAACUCCAUGCACAACAGGAUGCCUGGUUACCCCAAUAUGUCUCCAGGCAUGAUGGGGUCUGGACCACCUUAUGGCCCUCCCAUGAACAACAUGCCUGGAAUGAUGAACACUCAAGGUGGAUCACCUUAUCCGAUGGGGCCAAACAUGGCCAAUAACUCAAGUGGUAUGGCCCCCAGUCCAGAGAUGAACAAUAAGAUGAAUAACAAAGUAGAUGGGAGUGGAACGCCCAAACCAGAGUCCAAAUCAAAGAAGUCCAAUUCUUCCACCACAACCAAUGACAAGAUAACACGCCUGUAUGAGUUAGGACCAGAGCCAGACAGAAAGAUGUGGGUGGACCGUUACUUGGCCUUCAUUGAAGAGAAAGCCUUGGGCAUGAGCAACCUGCCUGCUGUAGGACGCAAACCCCUCGACCUCUUCCGGCUGUAUAUGUCAGUUAAAGAGAUCGGAGGCAUGACACAGGUGAAUAAGAACAAGAAAUGGCGCGAUUUGGCCACUGCCCUGAAUGUGGGUACAUCCAGCAGCGCUGCCAGUUCUUUGAAGAAACAGUACAUCCAGUGUCUGUAUGCCUUUGAGUGCAAAGUAGAGCGCGGUGAGGACCCUCCUCCUGAGAUUUUUUCAGACAACAAAAAGAACCAAGCUGCUAAGGUCCAGCCACCUUCUCCAGCGUCCCUCUGCUCCACAGCUGGGUCAGGCUCUCUGCAGGGUCCUCAGACACCCCAGUCCACCAGCAGCUCCAUGGCUGAGGGAGGAGACUUAAAACCUCCCACCCCAGCUUCCACUCCUCAUACCCAGAUGCCCCCCAUGCCACCCGUGUCCAGGAGCAGCGUUAACCUGCAGGACCCAUUCUCUGAAGGAAAUGACCCUGCUUUCCCCAGGAAGAACAUGACGCCAAACUCUGCCUAUCAGUCUGGCAUGAACACACCAGACAUGCAAGGGCGUAUGGGUCCCUACGAACCCAACAAGGACCCCUUUGGCAACAUGCGGAAAGUCGGGGAGCAGUUUCUACCUGCUAACCAGGGCCCUAACAGCAGCGUGGGUGACCAACAGCAGCAGCAACCGCCACAGCAGCAGCAGCAACAGCAGCCGCCACCGCAGCAGCAGCAACAGCAGCAGCCGCCAUUCAACAGAGGACCACCUGGGGCAAUGGGCACGAUGCCAAUGGGGCCCAGACAGCAGUAUCCUUAUGGACCAGGCUAUGACAGGAGAUCGGAGCAAGGAAUGGGCCCUGAGGGCAACAUGGGAUCCAGUGCUCCUCAGCCAAACCCUAUGAUGCCUGCCAACGCCGACACGGGGAUGUAUUCGCCAAAUCGCUUCCCACCACAGCAGCCACGGCAUGAUUCCUAUGGUAAUCAGUAUCCUGGACAGGGAACGCCCCCUACUGGCUCCUUCCCAAAUCAGCAACCUGGAAUGUACCCACAACAACAACAGAGUUACAAGCGUCCUGUGGAAGGGGGUUACCCUCCAUCAAAGCGUCAUGAGACAGAGUACAGUGGGCCUUUCCCUGGCGGACAGCAACCACCGCAGCAGCAGCAGCAACAGCAAGGAGGCGCCUCUGCACCCUCUUCAGGACAGCAGGAGUCGUACAAUCAGUACAGCGGCAGUGGGCCCUACCCCGGCUCUGAUCGCCGUCCACCUGGCCCAGGCAAUCAGUUCCCCUUCCCCUUUGGCCGUGAACGGAUGCAGGGAGUGACAGGGCCCAACACUCAGCCCAACAUGCCCCCUCAGAUGAUGCAGUCAGGCCCUGACGGUCCUCAGGGAGGCAUGUGGCAAGGACCACGAGACAUGAACUAUCAGAACUACCCCAGUCGGCAAGGUGGCCCUGCAGGCCCACCUCAGGGACCUGGUUACCCUGGCAUGAACCGCUCAGAGGAGAUGAUGUCAUCGGAACAGCGCAUGAACCAUGAUGGCCAGUGGGGGGGUCAGAUGGGCCCGCGGCAGCCUCCCUAUGGUCCAGCAGGGCCUGGCCAACCUAUGCCUCGUUCAGUACAGUCCAACUACCAGCCCCCUCAGGGUGUACAGAACCACAUUCCACAGGUGUCCAGCCCAGCCUCCAUGCCCCGCCCCAUGGAGAGCAGGACAUCACCUAGUAAAUCUCCCUACAUGCACGGAGUAAUGAAGAUGCAGAAGGCUGGCCCUCCAGUGCCUGCAUCUCACAUAGUGCCCCCUCCGGUGCAGUCGCCUCUAAUAAGGCGAGACAUGCCUUUUCCCCCGGGCUCUGUCGAAGCUACUCAUCCUGUCCUGAAACCACGUCGGAGACUCACCAUGAAAGAUAUUGGAACACCGGAGGCCUGGAGAGUCAUGAUGUCACUGAAGUCUGGUUUAUUGGCUGAGAGUACGUGGGCCUUAGAUACCAUCAACAUUCUCCUGUAUGAUGACAGCAGUAUUUCCACCUUUGAUCUAAACACGUUACCUGGCCUGCUAGAGUUGGUGGUUGAGUAUUUCAGACGCUGCCUCAUUGAAAUCUUUGGCAUUCUGCGGGAGUAUGAGGUUGGAGAUCCUGGCCAGAGGACACUACUUGAUCCUGAUGCCUUGAAGCGAGACUGGGACAGCACAGAAGAAGAAGAGCCACGGGCUGAGGACAUGGAACAAGAGGAAGAGGAUGAUGAAGAAGAGGAGGAGCGAGAAGCAGAGGGGCCAGCUCAUGUGAAAAAUGAGGAAGAGCAAGAGCAAUGCUCUAAAUCUCGGGGUCGAGAUGAGAAGACAGAAGAUGAGGAGAGGAAGAGCAAGGGUUCUUCAUCUGAACAGACAGGCUCAUCGCAAUCCUUACCUACCCAUGAGAGACCCAAACAGGCCAGCAAGUUUGACAAGUUUCCCCUAAAGGUGGUACGAAGGAAAGACCCAUUUGUGGCUGUCCAGUCCAAGAAUUGUGGCAAACUGCAAGAGUUUGACAGUGGGUUACUUCAUUGGAGUGCUGGAGGGGGGGAUUCAACAGAACACAUUCAGACCCACUUUGAGCCACGCAAAGACUUCUUGGAACCUCGAGAACGAAUACCUGUGCCCCCAGUUUUGCUGAGGAGACGAGUCCUAGAAGAAGAGAUACUGGAAAAUUGUUUGCCAACUGAGGAGGAGAAAAGGAAGCAUCAGGAUGAAGAAGAAAGGCCAAAAGAGACAUCAUCUUCAGUUUCGGAGAAGGCCAGUCCCUCACUCAGCAGUGAGGAGGAGAGGAAAACAUGUUUGGAGACAAAGACAGUUGAGAAAGGUGCUACAAGUCACCAGGAGAACAAUAGACCAAUUCUCUCCUCCGGCAGUGUUUUAGCUCAGCAGGCACAGCAGACUGGCACCAUCCUGGAGGAUGAGCCUCACAGUAAAGAUGAGGGGCCGCUCAUUGCACUGGCUAACUGGCAGGAUUCUUUAGCCCGCCGCUGCAUUUGUGUCUCCAAUAUUGUCCGCAGCCUCUCAUUUGUGCCAGGCAAUGACCACGAGAUGUCCAAACAUCCAGGGCUGCUGCUGCUACUGGGUCGCUUGAUCCUGCUCCACCACAGGCACCCUGAACGCAAACAGGCCCCGCUCACGUAUGAGAAAGAUGAGGAUUCAGACGAGGGAGUGGGCCAAAGAGAUGAAUGGUGGUGGGACUGCUUGGAGCUCCUGAGGGAGAACACACUGGUCACUUUGGCGAAUAUCUCAGGCCAAUUGGACCUUUCCAUCUACUCUGAAAGCAUCUGCUUGCCUCUGUUGGAUGGUCUUCUCCACUGGGCUGUCUGCCCCUCAGCAGAGGCCCAGGAUCCCUUCCCCACCCUGGGCCCACACAGUGCUUUGUCACCUCAGAGACUGGUCCUGGAGACGCUAAGCAAAUUAAGCAUCCAAGAUAACAAUGUGGACCUCAUCUUGGCCACUCCGCCAUUCAGUCGGUUGGAGAAGCUAUAUGGAAACCUGGUGCGGCUAAUUGGAGACAGGAAGGUUGCAGUCUGCAGGGAGAUGGCCGUGGUCCUACUGGCCAACCUGGCCCAGGGUGAUACUAUGGCAGCCCGAGCAAUUGCUGUUCAGAAGGGCAGCGUGGGCAACUUGCUGGGCUUCCUGGAGGAUAGUCUGGCUGCCACACAGCUUCAGCAGAGCCAGAGCUCUCUACUACACCUACAGGGGAUGCACUUCGAGCCCACAAGCCCGGACAUGAUGCGGCGAGCUGCCCGGGCUCUGCACGCCUUAGCCAAGGUGGAGGAAAACCACUCAGAGUUCACACUACAUGAGUCCCGACUCCUCGACCUUUCAGUGUCUCCCCUAAUGAACUCGCUGGUUUCUCAUGUUAUCUGUGAUGUACUCUUUUUGAUUGGCCAGUCAUGACAGCUGUAGGGAGCCGUGGCUCCACUUUCUGGGGGUUUUAUCCCCAAUCCCCUCUUCCCUGGUAACCUGGCUUGUGUGUGUAACAGGGCAAGGAAAGUUCAAGUGACUGUCUUUAAUUUAUGAAAAUCCUUCAGAUUCCAUUCUCUGAGCCCUCCCCAGGCCGUCCUUGCUCGAGGAGGGUAAUCACAGAGCUGUGGUGGAUUACAAACCAGAGAGAUGCCCACAAAGUGACACUACUUGCAACAUGAAUGCCAACUGGAUGACACAGAGCAGAGCACCACGGUUGGGAGACUGUUCUGCACUUGGGGGAAAGUACUUUUUAAUAAAGAUAAAUAAAUGAAUAAAUAAAUAGCUGAAAAACAAAAACUGUAACCAAAGUUGCUGUCUCGUUUACAGUGAGUUUGGGAGACACAGUGUGCCCUAGCUCUCCCCUCGAGGGCACAAUGAGUCUGUAACUGGUUGACGUUUCAGAGGUGAAGCAGACUGACAAGUGGCCUACUGGUUAUAGUUGCUGUAGUUGGAUUCUCACCAGUCAGCCCGACAGUAGACAAAGUGCUGUCAAUAGACACCUUCACCAGGGAGGCCUGUGCAGUGUGCAGUAGAUUGUAGGACAUUUUCUGUACCGUACUGCUCUUGAGUGUAAGCAUUCUGUACCACACGUUUCACACAGAAGCUGACGAUGCAGCUCUUCUAGAGUUUUGAGGUCAUUUUAGUUUGGUGUUAAACAGAAAAUGGCUUUCUUCCCCAAAGUAUCAAGAACCUACAACACCCUUACCUCCUCUUAUCCCUUGAUUGUAUGAAUACCCUUAUGAAAAGAAAUCACCUCUUAGGACUGGUUUUCAACUUCAAAUACAGCUUUGCUGUGGUGUAUAUAUAAUGUUGUACAUUACACUUCCUUUCUCUGUGUCUGUCUCUGUCUGUGUCACUAUUCUCACUCUUGUUAUUGGUGAGGGAUGGAGGCUGACUUGUGAGUUUGGUCCGUGACCUCCACUCCCCCUCUGAUUAGACCCACUCCUCUGGUCUCUCCACAGCUCCGUAGUACGGCAGACACGGCUCAAACCUGUUAUCUCCUGGUACAACAAAAAUAAACUAGAUGAAGUACACAUUGACAAUUUUUCUCCAGUCAUGGAUUCUGCAUAUUUGUAUUUCAGACUAUGUAGCUAAGACAACAUGUAAAUUCCUCCCUUUCCCUUUUUUGGCUCAAUGAAUAUCAUUUAUUCAGUAUGAAAUCUUUAUACUAUAUGUUCCACGUGGUAAGAAUAAAUGUACAUUAAA